AUGAUUGGUCUUGGUGGCCUUGAAGGUUGGCACUGUCUCUUCACUGUCGAAGGUAUCAUCACGGUCUUCCUUGGCCUCCUCGUCCCCUUCAUCCUUCUCGAAACACUGAGGCUCUCUCCCCAUCUUGACAGGGAUGAGAAGAACUCAUUGGUACUGCGCAAGCAGUUCCGCGAUGGAGGCGCCACCAUCUCCAGCAAGGGCCACAACACCAUUAUCUACUGGUGCUCUACUGGGUCCGACUUUGGCAUGAAGCUCACCAUGCCCCGAAUCAUGGCCAACAUGGGUUACACGUCGUCUAAAGCCCAGCUCCUUACAAUUCAUGCCUGCGUGGGCGCGAUAUCGGCCUAUGCUGCAUGCCGCUCUUCCGACCACUUCAGGUGGUGCCUCCCAUUUAUUGUCGUUAACGUGGCUUUCCCAUACUCUUCCCCUUCGGAGCUGAACUUUGGAGGGUCGCUGGGAGCUACUUUGCCAUUAUUCUGUCUUGCGCUGCAUUCUACCAACAUUGCCGCCAGGACGUCAAACAAUCUGGCAGGCCCGGCCAAAAGUGUGACGGGCAUCGGGUUCAUGCUCAUCAUUGCCAACACGGCUGGCAGCCCUCGCUACCAUUUCCGUUUGUAG